CCAGGUCAGCUCAGCAUGGCCACCCAGAUGUUCGAGGGCAGAGGGCAUGCGGCCGUCUACCAGAAAUACAGGUUUGCACCGGGCAAAGAGCUGCAGCAGACCAUCCUCUCCUACCUGCAGGAGAAGAAGGCAAUCCCUGCGGAGCUGGCGGUGGAUGUGGGCUGUGGGUCUGGACAAGGCACCCACUUCCUUGGGGAGCACUUCAAGAAGGUGGUGGGGACGGACAUCAGCGAAGCACAGAUCCAGGAGGCCAAGGACACGCCCUGCAUGCCCAACAUCUCCUACCUCGUGUGCCCUGCAGAGGAGCUGCCGUUCCAGGACGGCUCCGUGGAUGUCCUGACGUCGUUCACGGCCGCGCACUGGUUCCACGUGGAGAAGUUCAUGAGGGAGGCCGAGCGGGUGGUGAGGCCGGGCGGCUGCGUGGCCAUCAGCACCUACACCGUGGACAUGAGCCUGCGCUACGGAGACUGCUCCGAAAAACUCACCAAAAUCUUCAGGGAGUGCUGGGACGAGAUUUUAAAAUACUCACAUAGUAGACUAAAAUAUGUCUUGGACAACUACAAAGAGAUCUUUGAGGCCUUGCCAUUCCCAGACAAGAAGAGAGUCACUGAUAUCUACGACCCAAUUCCCAUGACUGUUGAGGGUGUGGUUGGUUACAUGGAGUCUGCCUCUCCAUAUCAAACCUUUAAGAAGAAUGAUCCUAAAGCUGCAACAUCCCUCCUCCAGGAGACUGAAAAGAGGAUGCUGGAGACAAUGGGGGUUUCCUCUCGUGAGACCCCAGUGGAGUUCUGGGUGAGGCACGUCUGCGUGCUGGGCUGCAAGGGACGCUGAGAGAGCAAACCCUUCUCCUGAUGUGGUGCUACAAUGGAAGGAGAAGGUGGAUUGUCUCCUAAAAGCCUGCUUGCAACUGCUCUCAAUCCUUGGGAAUAUUGGUGCUGAUUUUGCUGAUUGAAAUUUUGGUCUCCUGUGGAAAGCAGAUGGGGGUUUAUGCCCCUCAGGUUCCUGUCCACCUUGGUCGUGCCCAGUGCUGCUCCCUUAGCACUGGAAGUGUCCCAUUGUGGGCUGCUGCUUUAAUAAUG